UGUUUUGCACAACCUUCCACAGCAGCGAGUCCUCGGGCUUCAGUUUGGAAAUUCGGCAAUGAUUAACGUCACAGAGGAACCAGGAAAGAAAUCCUGAAGUGUGAGGAGCGAGGAAGAGGAGCUGCAGCUGAGAGAAAUGCUGAGCUGCUGCUGAUGAUGAUGAUGGACUUCACUACCUUGGGUUUGAUCUGGUUUGUUCUUGCACUGCCGCCAACAUCACAAGAGUUAGUGAAACUAAAAGUGAGUCCUACUGUCGUUGCCAAGAUCAACACCCAAGUUUCUCUGCACUGCAACGCAUCGUCCUCUCAGAAAGGCUUGGUAAUCAAACACAUGGGAUGGACCCAAAACACAAAGUUAUGCUCUGUGAACGUGGAGGAAAGGGUGAUCAUCCACCAGAACAACUUUACGAGUCCUUUCCACUGUGAAUAUGAGGACGGUCGACUGUCCCUCGUCUUUCAAAGGCUCCUGCCGCUGGAGAUAAACCAACAGUUCAUGUGCAAACUGCGCUCCAACCAGGGAGUGGUCCACGAGUUUACAACAGUGGAGCUACAAGAGAGCGGUGAAGCAGCAGACGGUUCUUUUCAACACAAAAGCCCCAGGUGCAUCUUCGACCACGUCUACCCCGACGGAGAUGUCCACUGGUUCCACGGCGGCCGCAACCUCUCCGACGCCUCUGAGAAGUCCCACACCAGCAAGAGUGUGGACCCACAGGGCUGGCUGACCAUCACCAGUCAGCUGCCCGUCCACAGCGGCCAGGAGUCACGCCUGCCUUACAACUGCUCACUGAAGAGCACACUGUCUGGCAGGUACAUCGCAAGCAUUGCAUUAGUAGGAAACGGAGGCACCCCAUGGAGAUCUUCUGCCGAGUCUGAAAUCAUAAAGGCAGCUCUGUGCCUUUGUGUCUCACUCAUUCUCAGCUGGAAAUAGUGCAUUUGAGAGGAUGAAACCACAAAAAAGGGAAAAUUAUGGCAAAAGUGAUCCAAACUCAGGAGGUACAGAGGUUGUUUUCUUGUUUAUUCCUGCAGAAACCAGAACAACAGCUGUCAAUUAAAUGGAUUUAUCUUCCCUACAGUUCAUAACAAAUGUUGAAAAGUGGAAAAAAAGACUUAAAAAAAAGUAAUAAAUUCACAAAAAAGGAUUUCAAAUGCUUAUUAUCAGACAAAAAAAGGAAUGUUACCUUAAAGCUCAGUUUCCUUCAGCGAAUCUUUUUAAUUCAGAGACGUUUUAUUUCUAAAAGUAAAACUCUUGAUUAUUGGUGUGCACAACUAAAACUAAAAAAACUCUCCGUAAACUAGAAGGUGGAUUCACUUUCCUGUACAGAUUGCCAAAACUGUGAACACGCAUGGUACUCCUGUGUACUGUGCUUUGGUACUUUCUCAUUGUUUUUGUUUUUGUCACGGCAUUGUUCCACACAUGAUCUGUCACCGUUUAACUUGUACAGAUUUUUCUCGUUUGUGUGGAAAAGCGUUGGAUCUGACCCGUUUGUCUGCAGGAUUGCUGUUUCUGUGCUGUAGGAGGAGCGUGCAGGAUUAAUACUGGCUAAAAACCAGAAACGAUUCGUUUAGUGACAUCCUCCACAAACACGAUGAUGGCAGCAGCAGCAACAGCUCUGUCUGCCUCACGGAUCUCUGGUGCCCUCUUGUGAACCUGCAGCGAUCAGCAGCCGUUUAAUGUCAGGAAACGGUGUCUGGCAGCAGAGGGCAGCCCACACUGGAGACCGUUCAAUCCUGGUGCCAGAGCUCAUCACUGAAGCUCCCAUUUAUCCGUUUGGUGGGCAGCCGUUCAGUCGGUUUGGGUUUGGUGUUGACAGGAGCGCUGAGGGAAGCUCAUCUGGUUCUCUCAGAGGUCUGAACUUAGUUCAGAGAGACGUGGAAACCCCCGGCUGCUGUGGAGACAGACGCUGCUCACCGCUACAGUCAUCUCCACCGACCUGCUCAGCUCUCAGCAAAACAAAAGGACUUAAACUUUUACUCCAGUGGAUUAAUUGGUUUAUUUUAUCACAUGCUAAUCUUUAGAGGGUGGGGGGUUGUGUGUGUGUGUGGGGGGGGGGGGGGGGGGGGUCCUGUAGUGAUGCCCCCCCAGUCCCUGCCCUGCAGAAGAGCCUGGAGCUUCGCAGCAGCUGAACAUCCCAUCACCAUGACUCAAACAGACCAAAAACGUGCUGAUCCAGAACAAAAUCCACAGAAUCUUCUCACUGCUGAUGGUUGUUCAUUUUUUCUACAAUCUGCAGAGAAUGUGUACACAAAUACUUGUCAUGUGAAAACGUUUGUACAUUUUUAUAAUAAAAAAUAAAGUUGAGGAUUAAGAAGAAAUGA